UUAGACUCCCGUCUUCAGGCUUCCGUCUCCAGUCUUCAGAUUCCAGAAGCCAGUCCAAGAGAGGAGGAGGAGGAGGAGGAGCAGGAGGAGGAAGACGAGGAGGAGGAGGCCACGGACCCACUCAUCAUCCAAGCCCAGACUUGCUCUUCGGUCCGCUAGUCCAAGUGUGAGGUCAUCCCCAGAAGCACCCACGGACAUCAGGGACAUCACGGACCUGCCCCACCCCCAGUGGACGACGCAUCCGGAGUCGUUUCUUUGAGGGUUCAGGCAAGGACGGCUAGAGAACUCCUUGGUUCAGGCUAGCAGACAAGGGGUCGACAUCGUGUUCAUGUCUCGAUUGGGUGGAGGAAGCUCUGGGUUUGGGGGUGGGCGGUUCCGUCGAUUCAGCGGUCGCCAUGGGGGUCAUGAGGAGGAAUCGGAGCCUUCCUCCUCAUCAUCUGGGUCUUCUUUGGCCGGAGCCACGUCUCUGAUGGGUCCUAGGAUGGGAGGGGGCUUGGGACCCAAUGGGUACUCGGUUGUUCGACCAGAUAUGGCGUACUAUUGCUUUGAUGUGCUGUAUUCCCAUCUGUAUCACAUGGACCCGCCGAGGACGCCAUCCUUUCCCAAUGAUUUCUAUCCUUUGUUUGUCACCUGGAAGAUUGGUAAGGACAAGAAACUCCGAGGAUGCAUUGGCACUUUCAAUGAAAUGGAGCUCCAUGAAGGACUCAGAGAAUAUGCGGUCACCAGCGCCUUGAAGGACUCUCGUUUCAAUCCGGUGACCCGUGACGAACUACCUCGACUACACGUCUCCGUGUCCAUUCUCUGUCACUUUGAGGACGGCGAUAACUUCCUGGAUUGGGAAAUCGGCGUACAUGGCAUUCGGAUUGAGUUCUACACAGAACGUGGGAGCAAGAAGAAAACCGCUACCUACCUGCCGGAUGUCCCACCAGAACAGGGUUGGGACAAAAUCCAGACCAUUGAUAGCCUCCUCCGCAAGGGUGGCUUCAAAGGCACUGUCACUCCAGAAGUGCGCCAGUCAUUACGCUUGGUCCGAUAUCAGUCUGAGAAGAUCAGUGUGGCCUACCCGGAGUAUUUAUCCCACUGUCGUCAGCGAGGUCAUGGUGAGCACUGACCUUGGCUUUCAGCCCAAGAAUCUGCGCAAGCUGUGGAAAUCCCAGAGAAGGAAGGAGAGAUGGUGGUGAAGAAGAGGACAAAUGAUAGCACCCAUGAGAUCAAUUACGGUGAGAGGAGUGACAACGGAUGCCCCUUUGAUAAAGGGGGAUUGACGGGCUGCAACUUGCCAGUCUUGUUGGGACAAACUGCCAUUGACUAUCUUGUUUACCUCAAGGAUGAUCUGAAUGACUUACUUCAAUGGUAGCCGCUCACACUUGUGAUGACAAUAGAUUACAAGAAAUCAACCAGUUCCAUCUUCAAAGAACCCUACUUGAUCCAUAUUCAUCCAGAGAUCAUUACACUGUGGUGGUGUUGUUUCCCCAUGAAACUUUUGAUGGCCUCAUGGUUUCAAUUUAGAUUUAAAAAAGAAAACAUCUCCCUCAUUCUGUAACUAUUUGCAAAAAAAGCGGUCAAUUUUUAAAAAUCACUGUCACUAAUAGCACCACCAAUAGUAGUGAGGUCAAGAGAACCAUAUUUUGUAUGUCUCUUUUGUGAUAGCUUCUGGCUUAACUCCUCAAUUAUCAAAGUAUAUUUGAAAGCCCCUAAUGUUUAAAUCCAAUUAUUUGGUGUGCCUGUCUAUUUAAUUGUAUAGUUUAGUACAUGUUUAAGCUAAACGACCUCUUUCAUUGUUUUAGUACAAUUUUCUUGCUUUUGUAAAGAGAUUCGUAUAAUUCCACAUUAUACUAAAUUUGAGAAUGAUUUUGCUUAAUAAAAAUCUUCUUAACACACGUUA